AAACUUCAGUUAUAUAUAUAAUUUUGAAACUAUGAGUUAAUGUUAAAUAUUUUAAUAUGGUGAUGCGAGCGUUUUUACUUUGUGAAUACACUACAGAAUAUAUAUACAACAAAAGCGAAUAAGUUUGGAAACUUCGACUGUAUAUUGUCGGACAAACAACGUUGAGUGUUAUUCACAAGUGCUGACAAUGAAGAACAGAAGCUUGGCCGGUAAUUGCGGCAUCGCCGUGUUCGUCAUUGCCCUUGUCACGGUGGCAUUGGCUUUCGGCACGCCUAAUUGGCUGGUGAGCGACCCCAGAAUGAGAGGCGCUAAAAUGGAACGCCUCGGAUUGUGGAGUCACUGCUUCAGAUCGUUACCAGACCCGUUGGAUCAGUACCAGAGGAGGUUCUUCGUGGGAUGUCGGUGGGUUUACGAUCCGUUCACAACAGGCUAUGACAGAAUACGUGGCUAUUUAUUACCUGGUUUCAUGAUAGCGACCCAGUUCUUUUACACAUUAUGCCUGAUAGGAGUCUUGGUUUCUGCGGCGUGCGUUCUCAUGUUCUUCCUCUGCUGUGGCCCAGACCAGAACAGAUACGUUCAACUUAUUAAAGGCAUUGGAUACACCAUGUUGGCUUCAGGAAUCAGCGCUUGUAUAGCUGUGAUAGUGUUCGCCUGUUUCGGCAAUACAGAUGGAUGGAUGCCGGACCAUGCUAAUAAUUAUUUAGGAUGGUCGUUCGGCUUGGGAGUAGUGGGCGCGAUAGCGUGCAUCGUCACCGGCGCUCUGUUCCUCACUGAGGCCAACAUACAAGCGAAGAAACGCAAGAGACUAAAGGAAUCGCAGGCUCGCUUCGAAUUAGAGGAGGAGUCGAGAGCGUAACUGGUAAAAUAUACAGAGAGAACACAAACAUGUUUGACAAAUAGCCGAUGAGAUGAUGACAAACUUAGAUAAAUUAUACGUCUUGAUAGAGCCUCUAUCUGCUAGACAACCGAUAAAAACAGGCCAUGUUUAUUACAUUAGUGUGCGUGACAAGCCAAUGUCUUAAACUCGCGAUUUGUAUGUUUGUUAGUGUGUGUGUGCAUGGCUCAAAAUAGGUUGCAAGAGGUUAUAAGCCUUAAAUUUUUUUCGACUUUUUCACAGCUGUUAGGGUUUAUCUACACAUAUACAUGAUCUAAGAUGACAAGAUAGAAUUAUGUAAGUUAUAUUAUGAGCAACUUUUAACUUAAUCACAAUUUGGAACCGCUGAAUUCUUUAAUUAUAUUUAGCAUUGUAUCGCUAAGUUAUGUUCUUAUUGUUUGUGGUGAAUAUAAAUGAAUAUAUGUUGUAAAUAAUGAUCUAAAUGAAUAUCAUUAUUUAAUUUUUCUACUAUAAAAGUAAGAUUUUGGUAUUUCUUAAUUAAUUUUAUAUACAUCUCCGUCCAGUAGAGAUCCGUCUGAUAUCUUUUCAUAUACAAACUGUAUUAAGACAGCUAUUCGCUUAGUCAUACUUAUGUGUCCCAGUGUUGUUAGUAAUUCUUGCUAUACUCCAAUUGGAGACAUUAUAUUAGAUAUUUUAGCAGCUUUUUACAUAAUUUUGUUUAAUUGAUUACUUUGAAGUCCGUGGCACAAUUUGUAUUUGAUUAAUGUUCUCAUGAGAGCAAACAAUUUGUAUCCAGGUUAACAUUGCCAAAAUUGCCAUUAUUGCCGCCAGUUAAAAAAAAAUACUAAAUUUCUUAUGAGAAAAUGGCACAUACUCCUGUAUGUAAAAGGAAAUAUCCUUACUUCCGUGAUAUUUAUAUAUGAGCUCCCGAUAAUGUCCCUUUAGUUUAUAUUUACUUGCAAUACAUAGAUUAGGAUCUUAGACGAGUAGAAUAGAACAACACGUCAAACUAUCACACGUCAUCGUUAUCGUUCAUCGAAUUGUUAUUAUUUUAAAUAUAAAAUUUAUUUGUAUGCUUUUUAUUAGCGUUAUUGCAAUUUAGAACCUUGUUUGCAAAAUACCGGACGUUACUUCAUAUGUUAACGUGUUACAUAAAUAAAACUGAAAACAAAAUUUUGUGAAUGAUGGGGGACUCGAACUUGCGUUCCGUGCGAGCGCUCUUUCCAACUGAGCCAACCGUUCGAGUGACGUAUCGUUGAUAAAAUCUUGUAUGCUUUGUUCAGCUCACAGGUUGUACAUCUUAAGUCAAUUUCCUGAUAUGCAGAUAUUCGGUUUGAGCAGGUUAUCAAUUGUAAAGUCAAAAUCAAUGCAUACAUGAAUUCAAUGCGUGACUCGAACGUUUGGUUCAGCUGGAAAGAGCGCUCGCAAGGUACGCAAGAGGUUGCGAGUUCGAGUUCCGCGUGGUUCAUAAAAUUUUGUUUUUAGUUUUAUUUGUGUAAUUAUAACAAAUACGUUAACCUGUUAUUGCCUGUCUCUGUCACUCCCGCGUAAAUAUUAAAUGCGUCACGCUCGCACACUGCGGCGGCAUUACAUCUUUAGUAGAGUCUAGAUUUUAGCAGUGGAAUGUCUAGCGACUUCCUAGGAAUCCAACAGGACAUAAUAACGUCACUUUAGGAGCUCCCGUCUUGUUCUCUUUUAUUAGUAUUGACUACUUACCUUUAGGUAUGUAGCUCAAAUGCGCCCCCGUUUAAAAUGAAACUAUUAAUGGGGUUGGAUUUAGUAUCCCGUAGCACGAAUUAGGAGGUAAAAACUUUGUAAUUGAUAGAGCUUUAGUCCACGACUAUAUAAUGAUACCACUCUUAUUACAAGGUAAUGCACCGUUCGAGAGAAAAAAGCAUUAUAACCUUACCUCAAAUUAUGACAUUUCUAAGGGUUGGGACAUUUUUAUGGGGAGGAAAGAAAGGGUAACUCCUAGAAUUCGUAUCUGGCACUCGCAUCUGGCAUCUACAUUUUUUACCUCAUAAUUCGUGCUAUACUAUGUUGCGAUACUAAGUUUUAGCCUAUAAAUGUUUUAUAAGAAAAACACUUGAAUCUUUAACAUUCAUAAUUUAAUGUAGAAAAACAUUAGUUCGUUUUCUUUGCUCCUGCCAAAUUAUGUUUGACAGGCCUUUUUUUUUUAAAUAAUUGUGUCUUCAUGUGUCAUGUCAUAAUGUCUAUGACUGAUUUAAAGUAUUUUAAUGGUGCCUUAAUGUCUUUUGUAUGUUUAAUGAUUACAAUUAUAUGUAUUUAUUAAUAUUAAGGCGCGAAAUUCUAUAAUAUUAAUGCAGUGAUAAUUUGGCUAUCGAUAUAAGUAUAAUAUGUAAGUACUAUUCUAUAAAAAUUAUAACAUGCAUAUUAUAAAGAUUUUACCAACAGGAGAUAGCAUUACUUUUAAACAUAGAAUGUUAUUUUUUUAUAUAAUUUAUUAAAGGCAUUUGACCUUGGGGCCAUCAGCUGAACAUUAAUACGUUAUUAUACAGCUCUUUAGCUCUCCAUCAGCCUGUUCUGUGCUUUAUGUGUAUGACAUAUUCUGUUAGUAGUAUAAUUUAAUAUUUUAGUCAACUUUAAUCUUAUAAGUAUAAUUCGAAACGCAUAGCUAUGACCACCGAUCGAUUAUGUACCAUUAAAUAAUAUAAUUAUCUGUAUUAUAAUGCAUAAAUGUACAAAAGAAUAUUAUCAUAGCAAUUAUUAUUCUGGCCAAUGUUUAAUAUACACAAAUUUACACUUAUAAUUGGAUGUAGUUCCUGAUAAACGUUCCAAGCCACAAACAUUCCAUUUUAAGGAAUUCGUGUUUAAAGUUUAAUAAAUAUUAGUAUAUUCCAUACAUAUAUUGUGUUGGGCUGCUAAGACAUGAUGUCAUUUAAAGAGUGACAGUAGGGCUGCCAUUUUUUGUCAGACCGAUAAUAUGAAUCAUGUGACCAGUUUUGUGUUCUAAACUCAUUUUUGACAUGAUUGUGGUUUGAAACGUUUUUCUGGAAUUACAUCCAAUUAUUAAAGUAAUAACUAGUUAUGGUUAGAUAUAUCUAAUUAAAUUUAUAUAAUAUUUAUCAUUGUUGCUUGUAAAAUUGUAUUUUAAAUGUGGUAACAUAUAUAUUUAGGUUACAAUAUCGAAUAAUUCCGUCCAAUUAAUGAAGACUUAAUUUGUAUUAUCAACAUACAUGGUAAACAUUUUAUAUUUACUUUAUUUAAAUCUACCUUUUUUUAUUCAGUUAUUUUUAAAAACAACUUACAAAAUCCCCGCAGAUUAGUAUAGGGAUGGCACCUUGUCGUAUUAACAUUUGCGUGACAUCGUGACACUGAUGUCAGCAUUCUACUUAGUUCAUUUAUUUCAAAUAAUAUCUUCUAUACUAAUAUUAUACAGAGGAAAGAUUUGUUUGUUUGUUUGCAUUAAAUAGGCUUCGAAACUACUGAACCGAUUUGAAAAAUUAUUUCACUGUUGGGAAGCUACACUAUCCCCGGCUGACAUAGGCUAUGUUAUAUUUUAAAUUUUUUGUUAAAUUGUUAAAUACCCGUGUGAUGCCGGGGUAAACUGCUAUUAUAAAUAAUUGUUCUUAAAAUACCUGUUAAUUAACUUCAAAUUUCAUAAGUAUUUAUGGAGGGCUUUAAAUGGACUGGAUUACAAAGAAUAAUUAUAAUCGACUGGUACACAUUAAAAUUGGUCAAAUUUUUUUACAAAAAGGUCAAACAUAAUUAAGGUGGAGGUGUACUCUUUCAAUUUGCGGGGGUUAUAUCUAUAUUAAUAUUAUUUUUAUUGAUACAUUUUUAUAAUAAUUUUGAUAUUAUUUUUUAUUUUACAAAGACUAGUGUUAAGUUUAAUUUAACAAUAGGCCCGGCACGGACUUUGAAUGGUGUAUGAAGUAAAUCCGUAAUUAUACAGUCGCAUAUUUUGAUUUUGCACUUGACUUGAUUUGACAAACUGUGUAUGUGCCUUGUGCGAGUAACAUUCUAUAGAUUAUCAUUUAAGCAUUCAAUGAUACCACUCAAGAUCCGUUUCGGCGCCAAGACCUAUAUAUAAGCUCCGUCCAUUCGUUGUAUUAUUUUUUUCUUACAAUAAAAUGUUUUAUAUUGUAAUAUAACCAUUAAUAAAAUUUAUAUUGAAUAAAAGCAAUA